UCAUGUGGAAAUUGACAGCUGUCCACACCCAUUUCUUUGUACGGUUAACGCUGGUAGGCUACUGUACCUGUCAGAGAACUGUGAUUGGUCAGAGAGGCCAGCUGUUAGUGGUUCAUUCACCAUUUUGAGACUGUAGUGGAAAAGGGAACCAGAUCUUUUUUUAUUUUUUUUAUCCCUGUUUGAGUUGCUCUGGGAAAAAUACAUGUUUUACGGAGGGAAAUUAAAGUGCGAGCUCGGACCACACAGUAGCAACGGCCAGCGGAGGGAUGUUACCCGCGAGCGUGCAAGCUUCCUCAUCUGCAAAAUAGGAUCGUACAUGUUUCUAUUGCCAACUGAAUUUUUCUGUUUGGUCUGAUUUUCAAAAGGACAAGGAAGGAAAAAGGGCAGUGAAAAAGAGAUUAGAAGACCAGGAGGCACCGGAAAAAGAAAGAAAAGGAAGAAACAGGGUAAAAAUAGUACGAGCCAAAGAGGAUAGAGGAACCGUCAGCACUCACCCCACAGAUUAUAAAGGCAGAAAGGAUAGAGGAACCGUCAGCACUCACCCCACAGAUUAUAAAGGCAGAAAGGAUAGAGGAACCGUCAGCACUCACCCCACAGAUUAUAAAGGCAGAAAGGAUAGAGGAACCGUCAGCACUCACCCCACAGAUUAUAAAGGCAGAAAGGAUAGAGGAACCGUCAGCACUCACCCCACAGAUUAUAAAGGCAGAAAGGAUAGAGGAACCGUCAGCACUCACCCCACAGAUUAUAAAGGCAGAAAGGAUAGAGGAACCGUCAGCACUCACCCCACAGAUUAUAAAGGCAGAAAGGAUAGAGGAACCGUCAGCACUCACCCCACAGAUUAUAAAGGCAGAAAGGAUAGAGGAACCGUCAGCACUCACCCCACAGAUUAUAAAGGCAGAAAGGAUAGAGGAAACGUCAGCACUCACCCCACAGAUUAUAAAGGCAGAAAGGAUAGAGGAACCGUCAGCACUCACCCCACAGAUUAUAAAGGCAGAAAGGAUAGAGGAACCGUCAGCACUCACCCCACAGAUUAUAAAGGCAGAAAGGAUAGAGGAAACGUCAGCACUCACCCCACAGAUUAUAAAGGCAGAAAGGAUAGAGGAACCGUCAGCACUCACCCCACAGAUUAUAAAGGCAGAAAGGAAAAGACAAGGUGAAGAGAUGAAGCCACUAAAGAAACAGAGGGUGCGCUCUCCCCCCUCCACACGGGCCAAAGGGGGGAAGAAGAGAGGGGCGUCAGAGACCCCCCCAGAGAGGGACAACAGGAACAAACUCAGGAAGGAGAACCAAGACGGACAGCCUCAAACCACAACCCCCGCCCACUUGCUACGGAAACAAUCCACAACCUCCUCUGACAGCUCUCAGCAGGAGCCAAUCAGAGGCAGUGAGACCCCAAAGAAGGAGGGACCUACAGAGCAGGUGCUGCAAAGGCAACCUGAAGAUAAAGAGAAGACCGAGGACAGCAGAGGGGGGGUUGGGGGGAAAUCAGGGGGGCCUAACAGCACCCCCACCUCCUCCCAUAACAACACCCUCACCAUCCCCACCCCCACUACCAGUCCCAGCCCUACCUCCAUGUCCAGUAGGAAAACAGCCACCUUCAAGGCCAGAGUCCCCAAGAAGAAGUACAUUGCUGAACACUAUGCUGGUAGCAACGCCCCCGGCCUCACCUUCACCCCUGCCCCCAUGCACAACAGCCACAGUAACUACAGUAGUACUAGCAGUAGUACUAACAGUAAUAACAGUAGUAAUACCAUUAGUAACAGUAGUAGGACUAACACUACUAUUAAUGGUAUUAACAGCAUUAGUAACAGCAUUAGUAACAGCAUUAGUAACAGCCGUAGUAGCAGCUCAGUCAGCCACUCGUUAGCCCCCAGUGUGUCCAAUGAGGAGUGGAAGGUAGCCGCUAGCAGCCACAGACAUGACCCAGGGGAACGGGGGUUGACAGGGGCCUCCAUAGGGCCCAACAAUGGUAGUGUGGCCCCCCAGGACAGAGAGAGAGACCCCCAGGGUGGGGAGACAGAGGCAGAGUGGGCCCCUAACUCAGUACGCUCCGUAUCCACGGAUACAGCCAGCGAGCACGAUCUGGAGGUGAACUCCCAGCCCAGUACCAGCCCUGUUAGAGCCCCCUACCAUGGCAGCCUGCUCCCUUACUCUGCUACUACCUUCCAGCCCGGCCCCAACCCUAGCCACAGAAAGGGCAGUCUGUCCGGGGCGGAUGCCCUGGCCAAAGGCCUGAAGAACCAGAGAGUUCUAGCCCGCUGUCGAUGGAGAGACAGACUUAACGGAGAGCAAGGUGGGAGGGAGAGAGAGAGGGAUGGACCCCUGUCUCCUAUGUUCAGGGCUGGGGUGGUGCGGCGGGUGAGUGGGGGCAGCGCUGAUAUCCAGCUGCAGGGGGAGGAGGGGAUACUCUGUUACCCCUUUCAGGGGGGGACCGCACACCCGGAGGGGGAGGAGACAAGCGUGGAGUUCAUCCUGGACGCCCCCCCACCCGGCACGGUGUCCGUGGCCAUCGGGACACGCGUAUGUGUGCCUUUCGGAGGGGGGCGAGAUGGGGGUGAACAGGGGACACCUCAGCUAUACAGAGAAGGGGUGCUGUCCCAGGUAGACCCCCACCCUGCCGUGUCGUUCCCAUACAGGGUGCUACUGUGUGAGGAUCGAGAGGAGCUGGAGAAUGGAGGGAGGGAGGAGGAGGGAGGGAUGGAGGAGGAGAGGAGGAGGGCGCAGGCCCAGGCUGUAUGGGUGUCCAGACAGAGCCUGAGGCUGCUGACUCCCCCCUGGGAACUGCCUCACACAGAGGGGGGGGGAGAGAGGGAGAGAGAGAGGGAGGAGAGGGAGAGGAGGGAGGAGAUGGAGGUGGAGAGGGAGGUGUGCCAGCUGAGUACUGGGAUGGCGCUGGGUGGGCCGAUGGGAGGGGGAGCGAGGUUGGUGCACAGCUUCUCUCCAGCUGGGGUGGUGGGGGGGCAUCACUAUGGAAACAUCCCCCCCCACCCCUCCUCGUUGGUAACGACCAGCGUUGUUGCCAGCACUGGAGAGGGUUACCCUGACAGAGAGAUAGAACAAGAGAGGGAACAAGAGAGACAGAAACAGCCCCAAACACCAGAGGAGGACAUGGAGAUGUCUAGGUUCAGUAUGGGUACCCAGCCUCGCCACAUCCUCUCCAAGCCCCUCCUCGGGGGGCACAGUUACCCCUCCUCCCAACACCUGGUCCAGGGCCUGGGCACGCCACUGGGCUCUCACCUGUCCUCCCUCACCUUGCCUGGCCCUGAGGCCCUGGGCAUGACCCCCACACCACACCUACCCCCGUCCAAGAGUGCCCUGGUCCCCCUGGACAAGACCCCCUCCCAGAUCCCCACCCCUACCCCUGGAGGGGGGUCUACCUCCUCCUCAGCCUCCUCCUCGCGCUCCCGUACCCCCCUGUCGGCCGCCCUGCAGAAGUACAAGAAGGGAGACGUGGUGUGCACCCCUAACGGUAUCCGCAAGAAGUUCAACGGCAAGCAGUGGAGACGCCUCUGUUCCAGAGAGGGCUGUAUGAAGGAGUCCCAGAGACGAGGCUACUGCUCACGCCAUCUCUCCAUGAGAACUAAAGAGAUGGAGGGAGCGGGAGGAGGGGGAGAGAGGGACAGGGGGAGAGGAGGAGGAGGGGGGAGCAGUUCGGGGACGGUCACCCCCUCUGACCUGCGUGGGUUUGACUGGGAUGAGACGUCCAGAGACAGCAGCGAGGCCAGCAGUAGAGGAGACUCUCGCCCUCGGCUGGUGCUGCCCUCCCUCCUACCCCAUGACUUCUCCAGGUUUGAUUUUGACGAGUGUGAGGCAGCCACCAUGCUGGUGUCUCUGGGCAGCUCUCACUCUGGGACCCCCUCCUUCUCCCCCACCUCCAACCAGUCCCCUUUCUCCCCCGCCCCCUCGCCCUCACCCUCCCCCCUCUUCGGAUUCCGUCCCGCCAACUUCUCCCCCAUCACCGCCUCCUCCGUCCUCCCCCCUCCUCGUAGACACAGACACCCCAGUGCCACGGGGGGCAAGCUGAGCACCCCUGGGGGGGCAGAGAGGGAGAGGCAUACCUCAGGGGUCCAGCCGUCCUUCCACACUAACCUGACCUUCACUGUCCCCAUGAGUCCCAGCAAACGCAAAACAGACGUUCCUCCUCCCUCCUCCCACCCCCACCACGACUACCCCCCCAAACCUGAGCUGGAGCAGGGGGACCUGAACCCUGCCUCGUUCCCCGUCCUCUCCCCCCAAACCCCAGCACACACCCACGCUUACACACCCACCUUCUCCUGUCCCCGAGGGGUGAGCACACCAACCAGCCGGCCCCCCUCCUCCUCCUCCACCACCUCCCCCCCUCCCCUCCUGGUGUCCCCAACUCCCCCCUCCCCUCCAGACUCAGGCCCCCGCCGUUUCCACCCCACAUCCCAGCAGGCCUUGCGGGACUCUCCAGUAAUCGUGCGGAACCCGGAGGUUCCUCUGGCCAAGUUCACAGAGCGUCCGUUAGGCCGUGGGGGGGGGGGAGUAGGUGAUCCUAAGAGUCUUAACAGCGUUACUCCCCAGCCUGUCACCACUCUCCAAGUCCCUGUACCCAUCAACGCUGCUGCUGCCGCGGCAACCAACGGCACCGUCCUCCUCCAGAGCCCCACCCCAACCUUGGUGCUGGUGUCAUCCGCCCCGCCCUCCCUGACCUCCGUCACCCCCGGUUACCCAGCUUUGGCUUGCCUCUCCAUCUCCACCACGCCCCCCUCUUCGGGACCCCCCCUCACCAACCCAGCCAGCCCAGGGGAAGGGCGGGGUAGGACGGAGAGGACAGGCUCAUUUGGGGGGGAGGUUCAGCAGCCAGUGGCCUGUCACCCCUCUCCUACAGCCCUGCUGCCCCUCAUACUGCCUGCAGAGAACCUGCACCCCACACCAUGCAAAGACAUCAUCAUGGGACGCCCCGGGACAGUCUGGACCAACGUGGAACCCCGGUCAGUUCCUGUGUUUCCCUGGCAUUCAUUGGUCCCUUUCCUGGCACCAACCCAAUCAGAUGCCUCUACUCAGUCUGGUGAGGGCCAACAACUAAUCAAUCACCCCCAAGCUGCCAGUCUGAAAACAGAGUCUCAGGGGGGUGCAGUGCUGCUACAGGAGGCCAAUGAGGACCCCCCCACCCUGGAGAGAGGACCCACAACAAGGCCAACUCCCUCCACAGAUGACCUGGCCCCAGAGAGGGAGAGAGAGGCCGAAAGAGAGAGGCCAGACAGUGAGACUGAGAGUGAUGUGGAUGACCCGUUCUUCCCCAGUGUGCUUCCUGAGCCGCCCUUGUCUGUGACUCCUGUGAAGAGACGCACUCAGUCCCUCAGCGCCCUGCCCAAAGAUGGGGACAAGAUUAGCCCUAACAAGAGGGAGAAAGACCACAUCAGGCGGCCGAUGAACGCAUUCAUGAUCUUCAGUAAGCGUCAUCGAGCGCUGGUGCACCAGAGGCACCCCAACCAGGACAACCGCACGGUUAGCAAGAUCCUGGGCGAGUGGUGGUACGCCCUGGGGCCCAAAGAGAAGCAGAAGUAUCAUGACCUCGCCUUCCAGGUGAAGGAGGCCCACUUUAAGGCCCACCCAGACUGGAAGUGGUGCAACAAAGACAGGAAGAAGUCUAGUUCUGAUGGCCGAGGGCUCCCGGGGCCGGGGGGCAAAGACAUUAGAGAAAGGAGCAUGUCUGAGACCACCGAGCCCCAUGGUGUAGAGCUGAAAGGGGUGGGGCCUGGCCUGCUGGGUGUGUCUGAGCGGAAUCCAGGGGAGGGGCAUGUAGGUCAGCUACCCCGCCCCCGAGCCUUCUCCCAGAGUGCCAUGCACAGCUUGGAGAGGAGUGAGAAGGGCAACACACAGGCCCUGGCCGAACUGUCACAGAUGUGUGGGGAUGGUGGUGGCCAGUUUUCGGGGCGUGCCCAGACCCUGUCCCGUUCUCAGAGGGGGGUCAGUGAGGACAUGACCAGUGAUGAGGAACGCAUGGUCAUCUGUGAAGAGGAGGGGGAUGAUGAUGUCAUUGAGGACCCGUACCCUGCCAGCUCCAUAGACCUGAAGUGUAAGGAGAGAGUGACGGACAGCGACAGUGACAACGCCUCUGGGAACGAGAGUGAUCGCAAGCGUGUCUUUGCUCCAGUGAUCUGCUCUUCCUCCUCCCAGCCCACCCCCCACGGACGCUCCGUCUCUCUCUCCUCCUACCCUUCCAAACGCUACGACGAGGAGAGAGGGGGGCUCUCAGACCGCAGGAGGAAGAGAGGAAUAGAGGGAGGUGGUGAUGGAGGAGGAGUGGCAUCCCUCUCUCUUUCCCUGUCCUCCUCAGGCCACUCUGUCAUCUCCAGCCCCGGAGGCCCAUUUCCAUCUUCCCUUGCCCCCCUUGGCCUGUCUCCUGUCCUGGGCUUAGGGGCUGUCAGAGUGGCCUCUACAGUGGUGACCAACGUGGUUCGUCCGGUCGUGAGCACGCCAGUCCCCAUCGCUAGUAAACCCCGAGACGGAGCAGCUUCAUCCAUUCCUCAUCCACCAGACAGGAGGUCCCUCCCAUUGCAGCAGGCGCAGCUUCUGAUUGGCUCCGGAGCAGGAAGCGGAGGGCCUGGCUACUACUCCUCAUCGUCACCCAAUCCCAUAGGUGCAGGGGCGGGUCCAGGGGGGCUAGUGACCAGCUUGGUGUUCCCAGGCCACAGCCAGCCCACCGUCCAGCUCAUCAGUCCCUCCCCCAAUCCGUCCUCCCACCACCAGCUGCCCCCCACCGCCCCCGUCUCUGCCCCCACACACAACCACACCAACGGCCCCCUGCCCCUCUCCCUGCUCCAGCCCCAGUUCCUCUCCUCGUCAUCUCUGGCAUCCCCCGGGGGCAAAGCCAUCACACAGGUCCAAUACAUCCUGCCCACCCUAUCAGCCAGCUCCAAUCCCAAGAGCCCCUCCCCUCAGCUGCACAACCUGCCGAACAGUAUCUUCAACCUGCCCACAGCUCCGCCCACCCACAUGUCCAUAGCCAAUGGGAAGCAGGUGGGGCCGGGCUCGCUGAUGGGAUACGCCUCUAGCCCAGCCGUGGGAGUGGUCAGCCCGGGAGCCAGAGUGCAAUCCCAGUCCCCAGUCCUACAGGGCAAGAUGCUGCUUCCCAUGGCAACAGUGAGGACGGCACCCGCCCCUGCCCAGCAGUUCCCCCUCGUGGCUCCACCUCUUCCUGUCCAGAAUGGAGCUCAAGCAGGAAGCAAGAUCUUCCAGAUCGCUCCCAUGCCUGUCGUCCAAUCCCUGCUCCAGCAAGGCGGGGCAGGGCAUCCUGGGAGCCCUUUUCCGGUUACCAUGGGAACGGCCACAGUGUUGCACCAAGGUUCUGCCCCAUCUCAGACUGUGCUGCUGCCGCCCCAACCAACCAGGAUCACCUAUGUCCAGUCCACGCCAGGAGUCCCCUCCGCUCUGCCUCUGGUCUCCACAACAACAGGCUCCUCCUCCCCGCAGCAGGCCCAGCUGACCUCUGGGUCUGCAUAUGUUCCGUCGCCCCUAGCAACGCUGGGCUUUACAGCCAUAGCCCCCCCUGGACAGAACCUAGUCCAACCCCUCAUCACAGGUCAGCCUCCCUUUCAGGCUCCAGUCCAGUCCCCUACCUGCCCCUCCCUCCCCUCUGGUCCAGCCUCUGCUUCAGGGGGACAGAUAAUCACCGCCAUCUACCCCCCUACCAGCGUCGCCAUUGCAACUGGGGUGGUCUCCAUGGCAACCGGGCCACCCAGCAUGGUGUAUACAGUCUCCAGCUCCUCCAGUUUGUCCACCCACAUCCUGCCCAAACACACAUUCGCCCCCGCCACCCCCACCACACACACUCACACACACACCCAGCUCCAGUCAGACAGACAAACAGACAGGCACGCGGGGGAGAGACCCACGGACAGAACGUCUCACUCUCAGUCAGAGAAAGCGGCAGACAGACAAGCGGAGACGCAGCCUGAGCUACAGGCGUACGGACAGACGGAGAGGCAAGCCCAGACCUUCAAUAAGAGCAGCAGCUUAGUGGGGCCCCCAAGUGGCUCCUCAUUGUCACUGCGGCCCUGCAGCCCCCCCCUGCCCUCUCACACUUCCACAGGCAGCGCACCAGGCACCCCCAAACUCCCCCAGCUCUCGGUGAGAACCCCUCAGAAAAUCAAAGCCACAGUUGCCAACAUCCCGGUGGGCAGCUACGAGGGAGGAGGCCGAGGAAAGGAGAGGGAGAAGAACCGAGAGAGGGAAAGGGAGAAAGAAAGAGAGAACACUGGGGCCAACAGUCGUUUUUCCUUUGAGCUGGAGCGUCCUGUGGAGUCGACGUCCCCCUCCCAACACACACACACUGCUGAGGAGCCCCCCUCUGACAGACCCCCUGAGGGACACGGCCCUGGGGACAACACUGACACACGCAGCACAGAGGCCAGCAACAAGGAGUCUGGGUGGAAGGACUCCGUCCCCUCCUCACCCCUGCCCCCUCCCUUGGGUACAGACCCUGCCCUGCCACCUCCCCAGAGCGACAAAGACGCCCCUCCUCCCAAAAAGGUGAAGGCCCGCCCCCCGCCACUCAAAAGGACCUUUGACUCUGUGGACAAGGUGUUGUCGGAGGUGUAUUUUGAGGAGCGUUUUGCUCAGCUACCAGAGUUCAGGCCAGAGGAAGUGCUGCCCUCCCCCACCCUGCAGAGCCUGGCCACCUCCCCCCGCGCCAUACUGGGCAGCUACCGCCGCAAGAGGAAGAACUCCACAGACCUGGACUCGUCAACAGAGGACCCCGUGUCUCCUAAGAGGAAGAGCAGAAGGCGCUCCAGCUGCAGCUCGGAGCCCAGCACACCCAAGAGCGCCGCCAAGUGUGAGGGAGAUGUCUUCACCUUCGACCGACCAGCCCCCCCGUCUGUGUGUCCCCCUCCAGGGACAGGUGCUGACGGAGAGGACAUCCUGGGGGAGCUGGAGUUUGACAAGGUGCCCUACUCCUCUCUGAGACGCACCCUGGACCAGAGACGAGCCCUCGUCAUGCAGCUCUUCCAGGAGCAUGGCUUCUUCCCAUCAGCCCAGGCCACGGCAGCCUUCCAGGCACGCUACUCAGACAUCUUCCCCACCAAGGUGUGUCUGCAGCUGAAGAUCAGGGAGGUCCGACAGAAGAUCAUGCAGACUGCCGUCCCCUCUGAGACCAACGAGGCCUCCUCGCUCCCCGGACCGUCUGGCACCCAAUCAGGGGAAGGGACAGGAGGGGCAGAGCCAUUGGGAGAGGAGGCGGAUCGAGAGAGGGAGGGUAGUCCAGAGGAGCCGAGGGAUUUGCAGGAGUCAUCUAGAUGAAGGAUGCCGACAGGCUGGAUUGACCAACCAGCGAUGGACCAGUUCCCCAAAUCCCGCCUCUUAAUUUUGUUGACGCUACACCCCUCUGUCUCUGUGUGUAUCUGGACCUGUCUCUCUCUCUCUCGAGCCAGGUCAGAAAGACCAAGAGGAUGUGUGUUUGCAAAAUGUGUCAGAGAUAGAAUUGUUUAAAAUGUAAAAGGGGAUUUAAAAAAAAAAGUGUAAUUCCCCCUCUCCAAAAAAUGACAUUUAAAAUGCCAGUGACAUACACACACACACAGCUGAUGAACCCCAAACUCCAAUACUCACACUUGAAUUAGCACUUUGUUAGUAAUAUUAAUAUUAUCCCUGUAAGCUUCCAUUGAUGCCAGUGGACUAUACAAUAACAACUCUCCAGCUGUUACCCAUUGCCUUGGAGCAGGGCCCAUCUUUCAGACUGAAUAGCAUAUCACUUAGUGGGACUGCUUGAGGUAAUUUAUCUCACUCUAACAGGACUGACUUUGUUGUUUUUAAAAAUGGAGGACUUGGGACACAAGAUCAGUUAAUUGGCUGCUGAAGAGGGUCUGGCUCAAGUCUCCCAUUGGCUCAUUUGUUUCUGCUGGACAUUAGGGGGCUGGGUCCCCACUGGCUUGAGAUGAUGCCAUUGGAUGAGAGCCCGCACUACCCUGGUGAGGGAUCAGAAGGAUCCUUGUUUUGUUCAAUUUUUCUCUACUUUAAUCCAUAAAAGCAUAACUUCAGGAGAGAGUUUAGGACCUCGCCCUCACUUCCCAUGAUUGGCUACAGAAGAUGCCAGUAAAGCGUGCACCAAGCGUUCCUGCUUGUCUGAUUCGCUCGCCAUGAGGGAAGGAGGCGGGGAGAAGGAGUCAAUGGGCACAUGGCUUUACAUUUCUCACUGUCACUUCAACCAUGUUUUAUAUAUUUGUAAACUUUAGUUGGGAACCCAGAGCAUGUCAGGCUGACAUUCCUAUUACUUUUAAUGCCAAGCAGUUUUAUUAUCUAACUUUCUUUUUUAAAGACAUCAAACUUGUCUUUUUUUAUCAAACACAUGUAACUUUGCAGUUCAUUAUGUUAUUAUUGUAUUACUGUUACUAAUAUUACUCCUCUCAUUGUUAGAGUGGACCUCAUCCUUGCUAUGGGCUGGUAUCAAUGCCAUUAUUCUCUCGCAACCCGUUUUCUUAUUUGAGAGGAAAUGGGAUGGGAUGUGUGAGAGAUGGUCCUCACCUGUGUGAGAGAUGGUCCUCACCUGUGCCUCUUUCCCUCUCUUUGUCUUCCCUUUCAACACCCUCACUUCGCCCCAGCAAGGACCUGGGGUGACAAAUAUUUGUAUUCAUUUCAAUGAGGGAUAACAAAGAGAAGAGGGUUGACAUUUGUAGUCAUUUAAGUGUAAGUAUGUUUUUGGACAACCCUGUAUACCGCUCUCUCACUCCUCUGCUAGUAAGUUUGAUUCUAUAGCCUCCUCCCUCCCUUACUGUUCUCUCCAGGCUAUUUUUGGGGUGGGCGGAGAUAAGCCUGGAGGAGGCAGGGCAGUAUAAAGAGUGGUAGGGUAUAAAAUUGGUUGUCUUUGUGCAAGACCUGGUUGUUGUACAUAUUAUUUACUGUAGUCAGGAGACUCGCUAUAAUAUUAAGGAACAAUGUGUAACUGACUUGUAUUGACUUUUAAAAGAUGUCAUUACACAAGGUCAAACUCCAAAAAUUGACAAAUGAAUAUUAAUGUUUUACUCCUUGUUUUACUGAUACAGUAUGCAAGAUAAACUUAAAUUAUUCAUAAAUGUACAUCUAUCUUUCAGUAUACAAAUAAAUGUUCAAGUUAACAUAUUUUUCACUAGUUUAUAAUGUACACACAGCUGAACCACCAGUUUUUGAUUACAUUUACAUUAGUUUAGUUAUUAUUGUCCAUCUACACUGAACAAAAAUAUAAAUGCAACAUGUAAAGUGUUGGUCCCAUGUUUCAUGAGCUGAAAUAAAAUAUCCCAGAAAUGUUCCAAAA